CAAAAAUUUGUCAUUACGUAAGUCAGUGAAUUAAAAAAAUAAUUGUAAAAUAAAAAAUAAAACAAAAAUAUUUUUCUUAAAUAAACUUUUUCAAUACUUAAAUAAAAUACCUUAAAUUUUGAAUAAAAUAAAAUGUCUGAAACUUUAACAAGCCAAGAAUUGGCAACCUUAAAAGAUUUACCCACAGCUCCGGAAAUGGGUGAAUUACGUAAGAUAACCACUUUACAAGAUAUACCCUUAGCACAGGGCGAUAGUGUAAAUUCACAACUAGAACUAGGACAUGCCUCCACUGAUGCUGAAAAUGAACAUAAAAUAAAAACAAAUUCGCUUAAAAGAUUUUUUCGUUUACCUUCUAAAAAGAAAAGUGAUGGCGCUGCUCUGGAGGGAGAACCAAGUCAUAUGGAAUUUGAAGAAGGUUGCGAAAUUCAAUAUUAUCAACAAAAUCCUACACAAAAUGAUAUCGAAAGUAAACGGGAUUUAAAGCAAACUAACUCGGAAUAUAGACGUUUUAAAUUAAAUUUUGGCCGUUAUGAGUCUAAUCCUACUUCUAAUGUGCGUCCUCAAAGAGAGUUAAGUGCCUCCUUUUCAAAAGCUAACCUUAAAUCUUCUUUGUCCACUUAUUGGAAUUCAGUUUUUAAACAGAAGAAAACUAAAAAAUCCUCAAAAUCUCAAUUGGAAUUGCAACAAACGGUUAGUGAAGCGACUACCUCAAGAACUGUGAGAGAAGAACAAUUACCCGACUCUACUAAUGAUUUAACACAAAAUCCUGAUUGCCCUCCUGAUGACAAUAGCAAUUUAGAUGAAAUUCAUAAUUUACAAAUUUCUGAAGAAAUUCAGUCAAAAUAAUUUCUUAAAUUUGUUAUUUCUUACAACUAAAUUUGUUUUUUUUUUACAAUAAAAAUUUUUUGUGGUUUUGUUUGCUGAAAA